UUUGUUUGAUUUUUUAUUUUUUUUUUUAAAUCCUUUCAAUGUGAACUAAACAAACACACGAUUAAAUAAAAAAAAAUAAAAAAAAAUAAUAGAUCAAAAACCAAAAUUCAUACACAACUUCCCUGGCAAAAGUAACACCCAAUAUAAUCUUACUGUAAUACCUUUCUGAUCGUGUCAGUUUGGAAAGUAAAUGGGUGUAAAUCCGCUCGAAUAACUAACAGAAACAUGUUUGCAUAUAUUGUCAUUGUGAUCUUGUUGCUGACGCACUGGAACGUUAAUGUGAGAGCCUUUGCAUUUUCAGUGGUUGUUAAUGACUCUAAAGUAUUGGUGCUCAGAGAUCACGUUUGUGGCAGCCGCAGGGGCUGCUUUGCUGCAAAUAGAAACAAGGAGAGUGAAGCAUCGUCACAGAUUGAGUUACAUUUUCAUUGUUUUGUCUGUCGCCUUGGAGAUGGACACACAAACACACACUGCUAUUUGUUUUAUGCCAAUUAGCACAGCAGUUUUCUUUUCCAGUGUUUUGUUUUAUUGUCAGAUACAGACUUCAGUAUCUGGGAUGAACACAACACAGAACUUUCCCUCACGCCACCAGUGAGAGGAAGAACAUCUGCCGCCUCGGCUUAGGAAGCCCGCUUUAGGGAAAUUAGAGAAACUUCCCAGUAGAAAAGGAUGAGGAAGAAAUGGAUAGGAAACGAUGAGACAGCAUUGAAAAUGCUGAGUCACGGUGUGGCCAAAUGUUGUGUAAAUCCACACGGUGGUCAGCAUCCUGCUCUGGAGUGGAGGGGUGGAGUUUGCAUCAUCGGAAGCCCACUUGUCUUCUGCGUGAAGAAGAAAAGCUCAUGAGCCCAACAAGAUAUGGUCCAGUGCUGAUGGCUGACUCCUCCACACUGUUCAUGUCCAGAGCGCCCCCUGUGGAAGGGAGGCCUGUGGUGCUGAAUGUCCUGGGCCUCCUGGACUCAGUCGGGGAUGAGAACAGCACAGCUGAGAGAUGCUACCGCUCACACUCUCGCAGCAGCGUCCUCCAGGGUCUCCCCUUUGGGGGGAUACCCACCGUCUUGACCAUCAAUGUGCUCAUGUGGAUGGUGAGCGUUGUAUACUUAUACACCACGUAGACUUGCAUAUGCAGUACACAGUUAUUUAUCACUAUUAGUUUGACAAUGACUGCAGUGGAACCUCCAAAGUUGAACAUUUUCUACCAAAAUAUGCAACAACUUUCGUUUUAGUGGACAACUAAAGGAUUAACUGUGUUUCUUUUUCUUCUGCUUUUUUUUUGGGAUGCUACCACAGAAAGGGACAGAGAAGGGUUGACAAAGAGGAAACGUGUGGUAGCCAUGCAGUCAGAAAUGGAACUUACUGCAGCAGAGUAUUGCUCAGUACUAUCAAAGUCAUACAGUAAAUUAAACCACAAUAAUAUACACAGAUAUAUUUGCUUAUGCUAAAGUAAAUCAACUUCUUCUAUCCAACCUAUAAAACGCCACUAAGUGAUAGCAUCUGUAAAUACCUUCCUGAUCCCUCUCUAUUUACAAGUACAUGUCUUUCAGGCAUCUUCUAAAGGUGAGUAGUUUGACUUUAUUUUGGUUUUAGUUAAUCAAUGUUUUAUGGUGGCAACUGAUGGAGCCUGGAAUAAAUGUGUCUUUUAUUUGUAUUUGUUUUAAAGUGAAUCAGAGUACAGAUUGUGUUCAUUCACCUUUGUACGUUCCACAGUGUCGUAUUGAAUGUCUGAUAGAUGCAUUUGAUUCUGUGGAGUGUGGAAAUCAGAGUAUCUGGAAAUGGCUCUCUCUUUAUUCUCUUUAUUCUAAAUUUACUCCAUCAAUAAGUGGGCCCCCUCAACUGCUACAAAUGUCACGGCUGUGAAAAGGUUUGGUUCAAAUGUAUUUCAGGCUCAUGUUGAUGUAGCUAAGUGUGCGCAUGCACAAAAACACAUUUUUAACUGGCAGAGCAAUUACAGUGACAUCUUAAAUGAUCUUUUUUUUUUUUUUUUUUUUUACACGAGGAUAUUUCCCUCCAGUUUGGCAGAUGAUAAUAAUAGGCUUCUGUUCUCAGCUGUCGGCUAACUGGGUUCCGCUGUCAGGCCUUGUCAGGUUCCAUUCUGCUCUGAUAUCACUCUCAAUCUGCCACCUGCACGUUUUAAUUGGCUCAUUUCAUCACUGGCGGGUUGUCAAGGCAACGCAGAGGCUUGAGCACUGUCUGUUAAUGACGAGGAUGAGUCAAUGUAUGCUCCCCCCAAGGUGGCGGGAGCACGCCUCUGCAUCAAUUCCAUCAUCAUACAGAAGAAAUCAUCUGAGGGAUUGGAGGAGAGCGUGCCCACACAUCGAGACAACAGAUAGCCGAUGGAUGUGAGGGAAAAAAAGCAAGACAAUGGAGAAAUGAUCUCAAAGUUUGCUAAUAGUCAAGGUUGCCCAGAUUAACCACUCAUCAGCUAUGGGAUCUUUCCUCCUAUUAACACGGAUGUACUGUAUUCACUAUAAAUGUCCUCUCAACUCACAUGACUAAAUGAUUUCAGGCAGUAAUUGAAAUUGGACUUCCAUCAGCAUUUUUAGUCCUUUUUCAUUUGCCAUUCUGUUUGAGACUUAGAACUAUUCAGGGUUAAUCCACUUUCGUGUGACCGAAUAUGGUAUUUUGAAUCCGCUAUUUGAUUGAAUCUGAUUUCUUGAGAGGCAAUUUGCUCUACUUGAGAAGAAGAAAUGAGUCUUUUUCGAUCUGGCCAUUGCCGCUAUUUGUUGAGUGCACGGCAUGUCUUUGCGUGUGGACGCUGACCUGCCUGGUAGUUUCCACGACAACCGUAUACUACUCCAACGGAGGAAGAUGUUCUAUGAUCAUUGUUGGUUGUCGUGGUCAAAAUGACAAUCGAUGAAUUAUUGUCGAAUAUGACAUUAUGUUUUUGUCAUCUUUUCAUUUGCCAUCUUUUUCGCAGAGGCAUUGAUGGUACAGCGGUGUGAACACAGGUCGACUCUAUUGACUCUUAUUACAAAGACAGGAAAUAGUUAAGGGCGCCCGUUUCAUUUUUAUGGGGUCCAACACUUUUUAGUGCGUAAAACAUACUACCAUUGGGAAACAUUUGACUUCAACAUCAUAAAAAGUAUUUUAUAUCUAAUUAGCGUAAUGAGAUGACCCAAGUCUAACGACGACAUCCUGCGUUAUUUUUUGCAAAUACAGUAUGUCUUUGUGUAAUGAAUUGUGCAUGUGUGAUUUGGGUCACAGUUCCUUUUGCUCAUCUUCUCCUGUCUGAGGAAGGCCGCUUGGGAUUAUGGCCGCCUCGCUCUGCUGAUGGACAACGACAGCCUCACAUCUCUGUUCUAUGGAGAACCAAGUGAGAAGGAGAAGUCUCCCUCAGAGUCUAGCCCUUCUGACUCGGAGACCAAGGACAUGGGACGAGGAGAUCCGCAGCAAGUGCGGCAUUGAUGCCGUCACUUAUUUGUCCUUCCAGCGCCACAUCAUCCUGCUCAUGACUGUGGUGUGCCUGCUGUCUUCGGCUGUGAUCCUGCCAAUCAACUUUUCCGGGAAUCUCUUGGGAGACAGUCCUGAGAACUUCGGAAGAACAACACUGGCUAAUGUUAGUGCAAAGGACAGCUUCCUGUGGCUGCACGCCAUAUUUGCUGUCGUCUACUUUCUUAUCACGUUCCUAUGUAUGGCUCACCACUCCAUACGGCUGCAGUACAGAGAAGAUGAGAAGGUUGCAAGAACACUGAUGAUCACAUCUAUACCCAGAGAAAUCUCCGACCCAGGACUGAUUACCAAACACUUACACGAGGCUUACCCCAGUUGCACCGUCACCGACAUCCGCUUCUGCUUCGACAUCAACAAGCUAACGAGGCUUGACUUCGAGAGGCGUAAGGCGAUGAAAGGCAGGCUGUACUUUGCCACCAAAUCCCAAAAGGAGGGAAAGAUCAUGAUGAAGACCCACCCGUGUGCUCAAAUAUUCUGCUGUGACAUUUGUGGCUUUGAAAAGGUGGACGCAGAACAACACUACAGCGAGUUAGAAGAGAAAUGCACGGAUGAGUUCAAUGCUGAGAAGAAUCGCAUCCAUAUGAAGAGGCUGGGCGUGGCUUUUGUGACAUUUCGCGAUGAUAGAAUGACUGCUGUAAUUGUAAAGGACUACAGUCGCGUGCGCUGUCGCCGUCGACCCCAGCAGUCCAGCGUCACCACGGUGGUCCAGUCUCACCAGUGGGGCAUCAGCUACGCUCCUGCUCCCAGUGACAUCAUCUGGGAAAACCUGUCAGUCUGUGGAUCUCACUGGUGGCUCCGCUGCGUCCUCCUCAACAUCCUCCUCUUUCUGCUGCUCUUCUUCCUCACCACUCCCGCCAUCAUCGUCAACACCAUGGACAAGUUCAACGUCACCAGGCCCGUGGAGAGUCUGCAGAGUCCGAUCGUCACUCAGUUCGUCCCGACCCUCCUGCUGUGGGUGUUUUCAGUCCUGCUGCCCUUUGUCGUCUACUCCUCAGCCAUCUUUGAGUCCCACUGGACCAGAUCUGGUGAGAACCAGGUCACAAUGCACAAGUGCUUUGUACUGCUGCUUUUUAUGGUCCUCAUCCUGCCUUCGCUCGGUCUGUCCAGUCUGGACCUGUUCUUCACUUGGCUUUUUGACAUUCACUUCCUGGAUGAAAAGGAUGUCAAAUUCCAGUGCGUUUUUCUCCCUGACAACGGUGCGUUCUUUGUAAAUUACGUGAUCACUUCUGGGCUGAUCGGCACCGCCAUGGAGCUGCUUCGUAUCCCGGCGUUGACAGUGUACGGUCUUCGCCUCUGCUUCGCAAAGUCUCAGGCUGAGCGCAUUCAUGUCAAACGGAGUCAGACCUAUGAGUUCCAAUUUGGCCUGGAGUACGCCUGGACCAUGUGUAUCUUUGCUGUCAGUGUGACCUACAGCAUCACUUGUCCCAUGAUUACACCAUUUGGUCUGCUCUAUGUGAUCCUGAAACACAUGGUUGACCGCUACAACAUCUACUAUGCAUAUGUUCCCACCAAGCUCAACCAGCGCAUCCAUAGAGCCGCCAUCCAUCAGGUCAUCUUGGCUCCCAUCCUCUGUAUCUUCUGGCUGCUCUUCUUCUCCAUUCUCAGAUUAGGUGCAGUGCAUCCCAUCACCCUGUUCACUUUGGUGUCCCUGCUGUCUUCUGUUGCCGUUUCCUUUUUCCGUGUGUGCCUUAAAAAGCAACCAGACAAGUCAACAAGCUACCAGAUGUCGAAUCAACCAGCAGAGCGAACGUUCAAUGAUGCGGACAGGACUGCGGUUACUUCAACCACCGCUUCCAGUCUGUUUGUGGCAUCCGUCCUGCUGGAGCCAGAGCUUGCGUUGACCCCCAUGCCCUCCCCGGCCCACCACAGCUAUGGCGCCAUGGCCAGCUCCCAAAGUUCAGCCCACGGCCCGGCAGAAGAAGAAGAAGAAGAAGAAGAGGAGGAGGAGGAGGAGGGAGAGGAAGGGCACACCCAGACUCGUGAGACUGAGCUCCAAGACCCCCCUGACACCUCCUGCUCCAGCCCACUCAUGGACAGCCCCGUGGGCUACCAGUAAUGCCACCUCCCCCCACUAAAGCUGAUUGCCACAUGUACUUCACCUGAGAUCGUACUGCGGUGCCAUGUUUCCUGUCUCUGCUUGACCUCAGACUCCAACUUAGCUGCCUCAGGAGACUGGAGAUUAUUCAAAUGAUAGGAGCUGCAGAGGACGUGACGAAUAUACUGGAUCCAAGUAAUCAAUUCCAGAAUAUUUCUCAUACAACCGAACCGCAGGCUAGUCGCUGUAGAUUCCAUUCUCCUUCAUGACUCUUUUGCCUUCAAGUGACUCGAAGCAAUGGAAGGCAAACUGUCUUUGGGUUAUCCGUCACAAACGCUAUACACGUCGUGCCCCUUGCACACGAUUGGAGGUGAAAGAUCCCACCGGAGUGGGUGGUGUGAGCAGGCUCGCCCUGCCAGACCGACAGAGCGCUCCGGGCUCGGGUGAUAUCUGAUUGACGGCGGCCAGAGCGUGGCGAGGCUGGGGGGGUGGAGAGCGAAUUGCGAAGCCAUCUGCAGUGAGAGAGCUGACAGACGGAGGGUGCAACGUAACGCAAGAUAUGUACACUCUCUGUCCUUCCCCUAGCACAAGCAGCGCUACUCUAUCUGAAGCUUGUUGGACUAACUUCAGCAUUUACUUUUGCUAAUGUAUGCGUUGUUGGUAUUAUGCUUUGGCCUGCCUUGUUGAUUUGAUGAUGAUGGAUUUUUCUCUUUUGACCGUGUAGCUCAGUGUUUCCCUAACUUUAUUAAGCCAAGGCGCAUGUUUUACGUUACAUAAAAUCUCUCGGCACGCCACUAAACAAAAAUGUCACCAAAAUGUUGCUUACGUAUCUUCUGCCAUCCAGUGGAUGGUUAAUGGUUUAAUGGUUCUUCCCGUCACUAUAUGUCACUGGCGUAGAUCGAUGAACAAAGAUAUGUUUUCGUAGUAAAUCAUUUUUGGACCAAUGAAUUGAUAAUGGCUCAUUUUCCGCAGCACAUAAGAUGAUCUCACUGGUGUAGUUAACUGAAUUCUUCUUUUCUUUUGUGUAUGCGUAUUAUUUUAGUGUACAGUACAUAUUCCGGUACCUUGUGUCACAACUAAAUGCCAUCAUUGUGUGCAGAUAACAUCGUGGUAUUCGGUUCGCAUUUUGUGUGCUCCAAACAGUACUUUAGACCUCGACAAUGGCCCAAAUCUGUCCAACCUUCCUUCCAUCCAUCUAUCCCUUUCUUUUCUUUACCACUUAUUCUCAUUAGGAUCCCACGUGGGUGAGUUGGCGCAGACUUUGAGUGGGAAGCAGGGUACACCUUGGACUGGUCACCAGCAUUCACACCUGUAGCUCAUUUUGAAUUUUCGACAUCCUCCGAAAAGUCCUGCCCUAUUUUUCCAGAUGUGGGUCCAACCCAAUUUGGCGUAACCUUGCAAAUGUUUGGGGUCAUGCGUCAGAUGAUUCAAAUAUGAAUAUUGUUUGUUAUUCUGAAUUGUUGUUAUUUGACUAUUAACAUGAAUUGUGUUCCACGAGCAAUACAACUGGCGGCACGCUAGAAGACUGCUUAGCACAUCCGCCUCACAGUUCUGAGGACCGGGGUUCAAAUCCCGGCCCCGCCUGUGUGGAGUUUGCAUGUUCUCCCCGUGCCUGCGCGGGUUUUCUCCGGGCACUCCGGUUUCCUCCCACGUCCCAAAAACAUGCAUGCUAGGUUCAUUGAAGACUCUAAAUUGCCCGUAGGUGUGAGUGUGAGUGUGAAUGGUUGUUUGUUUAUAUGUACCCUGCGAUUGGCUGGCGACCAGUUCAGGGUGUACCCCGCCUCGCUCCCGAAGAUAGCUGGGAUAGGCUCCGGCACGCCCGCGACCCGCGUGAGGAGAAGCGGAAUGGAAGAUGAAUGAAAGAUGAGUGAGCAAUGCAACCCUCAUGUUCUUUGGUUCCAUCCCCACCGAACCCUCAAAAAAGACAAAGUAAAUCACCCGCAAAGCGCCUUUUUUUUUUGCUGGGUGGAGCGCUGUUAAGAAAGCUGUCAAAGGGUUGUAGGCUUGAUGAAACUAACCCACCAACUCCAGAAAGUGUAGUAACCCCAAUGUGACUGCUUUCAUCCACUUGUGUAUCAGAAACCAAAAGAAAGUUGACCAGUAGGGGUACAUAGUGGUCAUCUCCAACCGUUCAUUUUUCAUUUAAAAUAUUUUCAAGUGUGAUAUUUGAAUGGAGCUCCAAUCAUUUGUAUUUGGUGGUCAAAUGUUUCUGUGCUGUGUGUCACACGCAGUUGCAAGAUGGAAACAAUAUCUGCUGACUGCUUGAUGACUUGUUAUUUGAAGCGCUUGUAUUCUGUUCAUUUCCAAUCCAUCCGAAUAUGGCAUUUUGCAUUUGUAUUAUUAUUUAUUUAAUUUUCCUCUCGGUGGAAUCUUGGAGUGAAUGUAAUAUGUUUGGCCACCCCCACGCCUCAGUCGUCUUAUUGCUGUGCCUCGAAGAACCGCUCCCUUCUGUGUGACAAUCCAGCAUGGCCUGAAAUAUGCUGCAUGAACUAAAGACUAAAGAGCAGGCAAACCAACAAUAGAGCAGGACAACAACAUCAAACGCUGUUAAGAAAAAACACUUUUGAGUUAGUGGCUUUCUGGUUCUUUUAGGCAGCAAACACCAGUCAUUGUGAGCUAAUUCAGACAAUAUUAAGGUUGCACCUCAUUUGUCCGUCACCAUUUACGCAUUAGCAUGUCAACAGAUAUUCCAACAUCGGAGGCCAGGCAAUGCUGGCUUUGAUCGGUCCGACUUUUGGCCUGAUCACGGACAUGAAAGUCCUAACGCUUUUGGAGUCCGUACAUAUUUCUGACAAAUGAAAUGUAUUUUCUGCACACUGUCAUGUUGUGUAUUUGUGUACUGUUCAUUUGAUAAUUUGACAUUGAUUUAAAUGUACUUUCCCUUUUCCAAACGUCUUUUUUGUUGAUGGUAUGUGUACGCGUGGGCAUUUCCAAGAACGGCAUCAUUGGAAAAAUCCUUUCUUUCAUCUGUCAACGCUCUUAAGUGCUGUAAUCUGAAAUAAAAAUUCAUUCGGAUCA